AUGGGAGGUCAACGAAUGAUCCCAAUCGCCCAGUAUGACGAGGACGAGGACGAAAGACCCCGGUUCGGCGACAGGAGCUGGAGCCGACCCGUUCUCAUCGGCGCCAUCUCUUCGUUCCUCAUCCUCUUCUUGAAUCUGAUUGUCACAAUAUGGGCUUCCACAAAACCACACGGCUCGGACGACGCAGACGACGGUCGCCAUAUUCUCUUCGAGGGAAGCUGUUCGAAAUCCCGUAACAUUAGCCUUGGAGUCCAUUUGGUCGUCAACGUCCUCAGUUCCGCGUUGCUAGGGACAAGCAACUAUGCCAUGCAAUGCCUUGCGGCACCAACAAGGGACGAAGUGGAUAGAGCGCAUAAUAGCGGGAGGUGGAUGGUCAUUGGGGCACAGAGCAUUUCCAACUUGUUCAAGAUUCGGAAAAGGAGAGUCAUCAUCUGGGUUUUGCUAGGAAUCUCUUCGCUUCCUUUGCAUUUCCUAUACAACUCCGUGGUAUUUACGUCAAUCUCGGCCAUCUCAUACGAGCAUUAUGUUGCAGAGGAAACCUUUUUGGACCCAGACAACGUCGAUUACAAUGAAGAGAUACUCUCAAUACAGUCUGCAAACAAUAGAGAGUGGGCUGAUCGUAUUCGCAAUAUACGUAGCGUCGUCUUGUCCCCGGAGUACGAAAACAUUACAGCCGCGGAUUGUCUGAACGCAUAUGCCACCACCUUUCAGACCUCUCGCAGCAACGUCCUCGUGAUCACCGACUCGAACGAGACUUACAUGAGAUGGGGUUUAUCAUCCAUAUCCAACCUGUCCUCAGACCGCGAGUGUCCUUGGAGUCCUUUCGAAUGGGUCUGUAACAUGGGGAGGUCAUGUUCCGGCGAGACCUGCAGGUCUAAGCUUUCGAGUGUGAGGGAUAAUUGGCAUUUCGAAGGCAACAGAGCCAUAUACUGCCUCAGCAAGCCCGAAGAAGAGCGUUGUCGACUAAACUUUCACGUUACCCUGGCGAUCCCGGUACUCGUUGCCAAUCUCACCAAGGCCGUCCUGCUCAUGCUGAUAGCACUUUUCCCGCAUGAGGGUCCGCUUCUUGUCCUGGGAGACGCCAUAGCAUCCUUUUUAGCUUUUCCGGACAACCGCACGAGGGGCAUGUGUUCUCUAACUCGAGAGAAAGUGACGAGCUACGUCCUCGGCAUAAUUGCCAUCUGCGUUUCCCUGGCAAUGGGCAUGGUGAAGAUGUCCGGGCCCCAGUCGAUGUCAGCCCUCUGGAAUUUGGGCCUCGGCUCGGCAUCGGAAAGUACCAUGGUCGGUUGGACGAAGGAGGACACACCAGGCCUCGCGGCCGUUGUUCUGAUUGCUAACGUGCCUCAUGUCGUUUUCUCCCUCCUCUACUUCUCCUACAAUAACUUGUUUACGCGCAUGCUCGGUGCCAAGGAAUGGAGCGAGUUUGGCCUUGUCCCGAAAUCCCUACGCGUCUCGUCGAGACCACAAGGGAAGCAACGGUCGCGGUAUUUCCUUCAGCUCCCGUAUCGAUUCAGCAUUCCACUUAUCGUCGUGUGCGCCCUGAUCCAUUGGUUGAUGUCUCAGAGCAUCUUCGUCGUUGCCGUUGAAUCCCUCCAUGCGCCGGAGGAGACCUGGGAGCUCGUGACGUGCGGCUACUCGCCCAUUGCCAUCAUUUUUGUGCUCAUUGGCUGCCUUCUGCUGGUAUUUGCCAUUCUGGGAGUCUCCUUCCUACGGCUGCCGACGACGGUGCCAGUGGUAGGAAACUGCAGUCUAGCCAUAGCAGCUGCGUGUCAUUCAGUUACUGGCGAGCCGCAGCCGAAUGCGCCGCUCGGUUUCUUAAAAUGGGGCGUUAUGAUGGAAGCUACGCCUCUCCAUGCUGGGCACUGCGGUUUCUCGAAGGAAGCGGUGGCACAUCCCAGACAGGGAUUCGUAUACGUCUAG